UCUGUUACUAAAACCAUGUCUCGUUGUUUCAACCAAAAGAUCUACACUGACUAUUAUCUGCCUGAGAGAGACAUCUGGGACAUGAAGAAGCGGUUGAUUUACUCGGGCAAGGAUCGGGUGUGGGGUCUGGAUGUGUGGCGUGAUUUGCAGGAGCGAAGGCGAUGGGCGGUUGCAAACGGACCCAGCUUGUCCCUGGACAUAAAUGUUAACCCAAGAGGAAGGAGAAACCGCAGCAGUGAGAAUGCAUCGGCCUCUGGCUUCAUGUUGGGCCUUUCUCAUGGCAUCUACCUCACACACAGGAUUAGACGCCCUUGUACUGUGGACAUCCCCUGCCCCAUUAUCAGCGUAAAUAUUCGAGACGGUGUCUGCCUUUGCAAGGGGAGGGCCAGGCUGGAGCGUGUCCGACGGAGAUCGCCGUUCUCCCCUGCUGUUGUUGCAAUACACCUUGAUCUCCCUGAUGAGGAACCUUCCAGGAAGUUUAAGGACUUGUCAAACCAUCUUGCACGUGUGGUGGAAGAACCGGAUGACAGAGGGAUCUUCUUCUGGUUCAUCAAACGGGGACAAUGGAAUACACCCAUCAGAGGCACAUCUGCAUAUUUCAUAGAUUUGGACGGGAAACACAAGAAGUACAAGAUCCACGCCAGGGAUUGCCUCAAGUUAGUUGUUGUGCUCAGUGAAAGGACUCAUCUGUCUUCUCCACUGCCUUCUUCAUCGAGGUCUCCUCCAGCUUUGUCUCCAUCUCGUUCUCCUAGCACUGAUUCAAACCAGCCUCCCCGUCGUGGUCGUCCUUCUCCCUCAAGCACUGAUUCAAACCAGCCUCCCCGUCGUGGUCGUCCUUCUCCCUCAAGCACUGAUUCAAACCAGCCUCCCCGUCGUGGUCGUCCUUCUCCCUCAAGCACUGAUUCAAACCAGCCUCCCCGUCGUGGUCGUCCUUCUCCCUCAAGAGUCCGUACAAAGGAUAAAGCUUUUCAAACCUCCAGGAUAGAAACCAAGGAAAAUCAAGCAGAGGAACAGAGGAUAGAAACCAAGGAAAAUCAAGCAGAGGAACAGAGGAUAGAAACACAAGCAAAGAAACCUCAAGCAGAGGAACAAAGGAUAGAAACACAAGCAAAGAAACCUCAAGCAGAGGAACCAAGAAACCAAGCCCACAGACACGUACAAACCAGUGACCCACCACCACUCGUACCUGGUGAGGAGGUUCUGGCCCGGUGGGAGGAUGACCGAUGGUACUACAAAGGAAGGAUUGUCCAGUGCAUGGAUAACGACCACUACAAGGUGAAAGAUACCACAGGCCGAGAUGACAUCAUCAGUCGGGACGAUAUCGUCCGGAUAACUGAUCCUUACGACACUGUGUCCUCUCACAAGAGAGCCAGUGGCUGUGUACUGGCCCGACACCCUAUCUACUACUGGAGCUACGCCCCUGGCCGGGUGGUGGAAACGCUUGGUCAGCAUCUAACUGUCCGUUUCUAUGACAACAAUCAGAAAAACAUCAACAGAUGGGACGUGUACGCUGCCAGGGACCGAGAGAAACAUGACAAGGACGUGGCGGAGAUUCGCCAGCGAGAGAAAGACUGGGAGGGACUGCAGGCUUUCAUCAGAGACGAAUCAGGCGUGUAUAAACUAGGUACAAUAGAAAAACAGAUAGGACGUCAGCAGAAAUAUUCCGUGAGAUGGGGCGAUGGCAAGUGCAGCGAACAGAUGUCCAUCCACAUUUAUGGAACAUACACCCCUAUGAUCAAGUUCAAGGUCGGCAGCUACAUCCUGGCACGUGCUGACCCUGACAGAAUACAUUUCCUUCCGGGUCAAGUGAGAAAUGUCCACAGAGAUGGAGACGAUCAAAGGCUAGAAGUGGAGUUUGUCAAUGGGAAAAGCUUAAAGAAUGUACUCUUCAAACAUAGUUACUGGAUGAACAAGAUGGCGUUCCAUGAGGCGGAGGAGAUGUUUCUGAGGCAUCACCAAGACAUGAGUGAUGAGGAAGACUCCCCUCGUUACGGAUAGACUGCAUUUGGUCAUCUCCAUCCAAUAUAUGACAUCUUGGAGAGUAUCUGGAAUAAUCCAUACUGGAUCUAGAGUCACUAGUUUCACAAUUCACGUGACUGUCACAUGACAGAAUAUGGCAGCAGUCACGGUCCUUAUAUACUAACACUGCUCCUAUUGAAGUCUCUGGCUUCCUAACUCACGUGGCCCAACAUGAAAAUGGCCGUGACCAAUAUGUGUGAUUAUUGCUUUAUAUGAAAGUGAAUAUAUUUUCACCAUGGUUAUUUUAUCAAAAUCGUCCGCCAUGUUGUACAAACCACAUACCGAGGAAUCAGUCCGUGUUGCUUCCAGUGAAUGCACGCACUGUCAAUAUUUCCAUGGUGUCCGAGGUAUUAUCUUGGUGACGAGGGUACCAGUCGAAUUGAGCCAGCUCCAAAAUGCCCCAGCAAAUUUGGUCAAAUUGGGCCGGAUAUUUGUCAAAUUUCCCAAGGGGGUAGUCAGAAUGGCCCAGUUUAUUUGAAAUGAUUAAAUAUAUUCCCUAACUGCACAGUUUUUGUCAAUUUUGAUAUUAUAUUCUUCAUAUAAAAGGUAUUAAUAAGUUAUAUUUCUGAUAAAUGUUCCAUUAGUAAACACAUAACAGCAAAAUGAAUAUCCCUGUAUAGAAAACACUGUAAUACCAAUCAUUAUGCAUGUUAUUAAUGCUCUUAUUUGUUAUAAUGCAUGUUCUUUGCUCUUAUGAGUUUACUAAUGGAACAUUUAUAAGAAAUAUUACUUCCUAAUAACUUUUAUACUUCAGCUAGCUAGUAUUACACUGAUGGGCAAAAGAAAGUUCACACUUGGUGCUUUGAGAUGCCUGAGGUGCCUGACUCUGACGAUGUGGGUUCAAAUCCCGUAUGGGACUGAACCUAAGAAAAGUCCUAGAAUCUGCAUUUUACUGAGAAAGUGUAAUCUUAAAACUAAAUGUUUUAAAUAACCUUUAGUUUUGGCAAUGGCAUUACAUGCCGUCCUUUCUUCUUUCGUAAAGUAAAUACAUGAAUUAAAAUAAUGCUUGUAUUAUU